AUGGCCGGCGACAGUAUGCUGGCAGUGGGUGUAUUCACCUUUGCCGAGGCAUAUUUCCUCCAACGCACUGUCUUCACCGACAAUACCUUCCAAAGAAUCUGUCUCGUCGCACUCGCAGUAAACAUCCUCCUAAAAGUCUUCUACGGUGUAAUAAUAUGGCCAUUCAUACUAAGCCCGGUGCGGCAUCUACCGAAAGUCCAGGGCUCGCAUAUAGAACUCAUCUUCGACUCACCACGAGGAACAAAACCCCUCCGGUGGAUGAAAGCCGUCCCAAAUGAAGGCCUCAUUCACAUGCGCGACACAUUCAAUCAAAGCUAUGUGAUCCCAACUAACCACCAGGCCCUGUUAGAUGUGAUGAGCACAAACACAUACGACUUUGAGAAGCCAUGGCGCAUGCGCAACUUCCUCGCGCGGAUCAUCGGCUUCGGAAUGAUUACCUCGGAGGGUGUAGCACACAAGAAGCAGCGCAAAGCGCUCACACCCGCGUUCAAUAUUAAGAAUAUCCGCUCGAUGUAUUCGCUCAUGUGGAGCAAGACGGGACAGUUACUGGAUGAACUAGAGAAAGAAAUCACGGUGCAUCCGAUGGAUGGAACAAGUCCAGAGGACCGAGAGGGCAAGGUUGAAAUGGCCGAGUGGGCGAGUCGUCUCACACUCGACAUAAUCGGGCCUAUAGCAAUGGGGCGUGACUUUGGCUCGUUACAUAACAAACGAAACAAAGUGGCCGACAGCUUCGCAAAGAUCCUCGAGCCAACCAAGGAGAAGAUGGCGUUCCUGGUAAUGAACUUUGCACUACCGCAGUGGAUGGCGAGACGUGUGCCGUGGCGGAUGAACGACGUACUGACUGCCGAGACGGCAUACCUGCGCAGUACAUGCGAUGAGAUUGUACGUGAGAAGCGAGCUAGUCUUGCUGGAUCAAAGGUUUCUGCUCAAGAUCUCGAGGCUGAUAUUCUGGGGACGAUGAUGCUUGGUGGGGAUUUCUCGGAUACGGAGUUGGUGGAUCAAAUGUUGACAUUUUUGGCUGCCGGGCACGAAACCACGGCCAGUGCCUUGACCUGGGCCUGCUACCUCCUCCAUCUCCAUCCAGAAUACCAGACUCGCCUCCGCGAUGAAAUCCGCUCCAAGGUCCCAUCAGGCAACAGCCCGAUAGCCUACCAAGACCUCGAAUCCCUUCCUCUGCUAAACGGCGUCUGCCAAGAAGUCCUCCGCCUGUACCCGACAGUCCCAACAACAAUCCGCGAAGCAGUCCGCAACACCGUUGUAGCGGGAAAGUACAUCCCAAAGGGGACACGGGUGAUUUUGUGCCCGUGGGCGAUAAACCGGAGCCCACUCUUCUGGGGCGAAAACGGGGAAGAGUUUGUGCCCGAGCGAUGGAUCGACACGGACAAGAACGGACACUGUAUCCCGAACAAUAAUGGCGGGGCAUCGACGAAUUUUGCACAGAUUACGUUCCUACAUGGACAGAGAUCUUGUAUUGGAAAGGACUUUGCGCGUGCAGAGUUGCGGUGUGCGGUUGCCGGUGUUGUUGGACGGUUUUCGUUUGAAAUGCAGGAUCCCAAGCAAGCGAUUCAUGUUGCCGGGGCUGUUACUAUUAAGCCGGUUGAAGGGAUGCAUUUGAGGAUGCGGAGGGUUGAUGGGUGGUAG